AUGGAUUUAGGAUUCUUUCACAAUCUAGCCCUGGCAGGGACUGAUCAACAAGCGUACUUGUUGAUCAGUUUGACAUUGUUAAUACUCGUUUAUGGUCCAUUCGUUCUUUGGUAUUUUGAUGGCUGGUAUCGUUUAAUUCAACAUUUACAGCUUCUAAGUCGUUUUUGUUCGAAAUUUUACAAACAUAAUAAAGAUAAGAAUAAAAUGAAAAACAAUGAUGAACAAACACCAUUAGCAUUGAGAUCAUCAUUGGAUUUUCGUAUUACAAAACCAUUGAAAUUAAAUCUAAGACGAUUGGUUUUAACACAAGCCGAUACUAGUGAACGACAUUCAAAGUCAAAGGUUGGUGUUCGAAAAUUUGGCGUACUACCAACGAAAAUGUAUUGAUGGUGGUGGAUGAUGAUGAUGAUAAAAUUAAAAAAAAAAAAAAAAUAAACACACUGUGCCAUCUAUUUGUGUUUCGUGAAAUUAUUUCUAUUAUUAUUAUGCACGCGCAUGUCUGAAUCGAAAAAGAGCAACGAGAAAAAAAAACCGGAAUACUCACUGUGUGUGUGUUGAUGUGUUU